AUGGACGGCCCGCUCCUGUCUGUGCUGCUACUGCUGUUGCUCGGGGCCUUGAGCCUGCGGGGCCAGGGGCCGGGGCCAGGGGGUCCCUCGGAGGAGCCCGGGAAGGAGGAGGUUCCUGAGGAGGAUGGGAUCCUGGUGCUGAGCCACCGCACCCUGGGCCGGGCCCUGCAGGAGCACCCUGCCUUGCUGGUGGAGUUUUAUGCCCCGUGGUGUGGGCACUGCAAGGCGCUGGCCCCUGAGUACAUCAAGGCAGCUGCCCUGCUGGCAGCAGAGUCAGCCAAAACCAGGCUGGCCAAGGUGGAUGGGCCUUCAGAGCCAGAGCUGACCAAGGAGUUUGCUGUGACCGAGUACCCCACGCUCAAGUUCUUCCGCAAUGGGAACCGCACGGACCCGGAGGAGUAUACUGGCCCCCGGGAAGCCGAGGGCAUUGCUGAGUGGCUGCGGCGGCGGGUGGGGUCCAGCACCACACGCCUGGAGGAUGAAGAGGGCGCCCAAGCAUUGAUAGAUGCCCACGACGUAGUGGUCAUCGGCUUCUUCCAGGACCUGCAGGAUGAGGACGUGGCCACCUUCCUGGCUCUGGCCCAGGAUGCUCUGGACAUGACCUUUGGCCUCACUGAUCGUCCGCAGCUUUUUCAGAAGUUUGGCCUCACCAAGGACACCGUGGUCCUUUUCAAGAAGUUUGACGAGGGGCGGGCAGACUUCCCAGUGGAUGAGGAGCUGGGCCUGGACCAGGGUGAUCUGUCCCGCUUCCUCCUCACGCACAGCAUGCACCUGGUCACGGAGUUCAACAGCCAGACGUCCCCCAAGAUCUUUGCGGCCAGGAUCCUCAACCAUUUGCUGCUGUUCAUCAACCAGACACUGGCCCCGCACCAGGAGCUGCUGGCAGGCUUUAGGGAGGCAGCUCCCCCAUUCCGGGGGCAGGUGCUGUUCGUGGUGGUGGACGUGAGUGCCAACAACAACCACGUGCUACAGUACUUCGGGCUCAGGGCAGAGGAGGCCCCCACCCUGCGCUUCAUCAACAUGGAGACCACCAAGAAGUACAAGCCUGAAGACAGGGGGCCGGUCACUGCAGCCUGGGUCACCACCUUCUGCCACUCAGUCCUCAGCGGCAAGGUCAAGCCCUAUCUUCUGAGUCAAGAGGUCCCCCCUGACUGGGACCAGCAUCCUGUCAAGACUCUUGUGGGCAAGAAUUUCGAGCAGGUGGCUUUUGACGAAACCAAGAAUGUGUUCAUCAAGUUCUAUGCCCCAUGGUGUACCCACUGCAAGGAGAUGGCACCAACCUGGGAGGCACUGGCCGAAAAGUACAGGGACCACGAAGACAUCAUCAUUGCUGAGCUAGAUGCCACGGCCAAUGAACUGGAGGGCUUUCCUGUGCACGGCUUUCCCACCCUCAAGUAUUUCCCAGCAGGGCAGGGUCGGAAGGUGAUUGAAUACAAAAGUGCCAGAGACCUGGAGACCUUCUCCAAGUUCCUGGACAACGGGGGCAAGUUACCCGAAGAGGAGCCCGCUGAGGAGCCCUCAGCUCCCUUCCCGGAUACAUUAGCCAACUCCACCGUGGAUCUCAAGGAGGAGCUGUAGCCACCCCAUCAGUGCAGGGGAGCCAUCUCCUCGGUGCCUGGGAAAUUGUGGGCAUUGAAUAAAGAGU